UCCAAGGCCCUUGGGAGCCCAGGAAGAGGUGAAGUCCAGACAGAGUGGCCAGCUGCCUGGGAAACAGAGUGGAGAGGCUGGAGGGAGCAGGGCCAGGGAGCCUGGCCUGAAGCUAGAACCAUAUCCUGGCCCUGACUGACAGAGCCAGGGCACUCAGCAGGCAGCAGGACCAGUGCUGGGGUGAGCACCCCCUCGGGUCCAUGUGCCCACCCCAGGCCCAGGCAGAGGUGGCCCCCACCAUGACUGAGAAGGCUGAGAUGGUGUGUGCCCCCAGCCCAGCUCCUGCACUGCUCCCCAAGCCUGGCUCACCUGGGCCCCCAAAGGCAGAGGAGGUGGGCCACCGAGAUGCCUCAUCCCCCAGGCUGCCCCCUGGUGUCCCAGUGAUCAGCCUGGGCCACACUAGGCCCCCAGGGGCAGCCGUGGCCACCACAGAGCUGAGUGCCCUGCGGCCCCCUCUGCUGCAGUUCUCCGCCCUGGGAAGUGCCCCAACCCCUCUGGCCCUGCAUUACCAUCCUCACCCCUUCCUCAACAGCCUCUACAUUGGGCCGGCAGGACCUUUUAGCAUCUUCCCUAGCAGCCGGCUGAAACGGAGACCAAGCCACUGUGAGCUAGAGCUGGCUGAGGGGCAACAGCCCCAGAAGGUGGCCCGGCGUGUGUUCACCAACAGUCGUGAGCGCUGGCGGCAGCAGAACGUGAACGGCGCCUUUGCUGAGCUCAGGAAGCUGCUGCCCACGCACCCCCCUGACCGGAAGCUGAGCAAGAAUGAGGUGCUCCGCCUCGCCAUGAAGUACAUCGGCUUUUUGGUGCGGCUGCUGCGAGACCAGGCAGCCGCUCUGGCAGCAGGCCCCGCCCCGCCCGGGCCGCGCAAACGGCUGGCGCACGGAGGCCUGGACGAUGGCCCCCGCCGUGGGGGCUGGGGGGGCUUCUAG